AUGGCCAACUACCUGAGCAUCGUAUACCCACAAGCCGUGGCAUUAUACGCAGUGACUACAUUGUACGACUCACGCAAUCUCGCAGAUAUGUCAAGUACCUCCAUUGAGCUACCAACGAGUCACAACAAUAUCACACACUGUCUGCGAGUCCAAACAACUGUUGCCAUAUCGUCCAGCACUCGCACACCUUGUAACAGGCUUUGA